CCCACGCCUAAUAUGUAUCAGUAGGCUUCCACUGACUGCAUGAUUUCGUUGGAAUGAGGAUGAAAAUAUCCAUAAUAAAAAUUUAUGCUCCAACCUUCAGUUUUUCUGAGACGUCGACAUCAAGAUGGCUGGACUUCGAUUCUUCGCUUUAAUUUUGCUAAUUGUCGGAGUCAGCUAUACGGCUGGCCAAGAGGAUGAUUUUCUUUAUGGACAAUUUCCAGACGGAUUUUUAUGGGGGCUUGCAACUUCCAGUUACCAAAUAGAAGGUGGGUGGGACGCUGACGGAAAGGGAGAAAGUGGGUGGGAUUUCUGGAGUCAUGAAAAUAAUGGAUCAAAUAUUGCUGAUGGGAAAAAUGGUGAUAUCGCCUGUGAUAGCUACAAUAACUACAUGGCCGAUGUGUAUUUGCUGAAAAACAUGGGGGCUGACUUCUAUCGAUUCAGUUUGUCCUGGGCUCGUAUAAUUCCAACUGGAAAACUAUCUGAUGGCAUAAAUCCAGCAGGAAUUCAGUACUAUAACUAUUUAAUCGAUGGUCUUAUUGCCAAUGAGAUUACACCCUUCAUUACAUUAUAUCACUGGGACCUUCCUAUGGGGCUACUGAACGAAGGAGGAUGGCUGAAUGAAACUAUCGUCGAACACUUUGCAGAUUUUUCGCGAGUCGUUUUUGAUGCAUUUGGUGAUAGGGUCAAAUUUUGGCUUACAUUUAACGAACCACACGUGUUUUGUUUGGCUGAUUGGAACUAUGGAAUUCACGACCCAUUCCUUGAGCCACCAGAGAAACCGUAUAUUUGCGCCCAUAAUGUGAUCAAGUCACACGCAAGAGCGUUCCGAAUUUAUGACGAGGAAUUUCGGCCCUCUCAAAAUGGCCAAAUGGGAAUCACACUUAAUUGUGACUGGUCAGAACCUAAAAAUCAAUCGGAUCCCGAACACAUGCUAGCAAUGGAUAGAUCCGUGAAUUUUAGGUACGGAUGGUGGGCUAAUCCAUUACUCAGAGGAGAAUAUCCUGCAAUAAUGCGAGAACUUGUCGAUGCAAAGAGCGAAGCGGAAGGGCGAAAUUCGUCUCGUUUGCCAACAUUUGAUUCUACAUGGACCGAAAUUAUUACGGGUACACUGGAUUUCUUAGGUCUAAAUCAUUAUUCUACCCAUUAUGUCCUACCGAGCGACGGGCUAAAUGGCUGGAUGGACGGUGAUGCCAAUAUUAGGUCAGAGAGAGACCCGGCGUGGAAUAGUUCAGGCAUCGGCUGGAGCGUCGUCCCAUGGGGGCUUCGUAAUAUCACGACUUGGGUUGCUCGUGAAUACCAGAUGCCAAUCUACAUUACUGAAAAUGGCUACGGUGCUCAAGAGUCCGAUAUGAUCAAUGACGAGGAGCGUGUCAACUACUACCGAGCUUAUAUAAACGAAGUUUUAAAGUCAAUUGUUUAUGAUGGUGCUGACGUCAGAGCGUACACUGCCUGGAGUUUGAUGGAUAACUACGAAUGGACUCUUGGCUACACUGCCAGGUUUGGAGUUCACUAUGUCGAUUUUAACCACCCAGCGCGUCCGCGAGCACCAAAGCAGUCGGCUAUUGAACUAUCCCAAAUAUUUGCAGACAAUGGAUUCCCUCUUCCAAAAUGAAAGUAGUUUUAAAAUAAUAUUUAAUUUGUGACCAAAUGUAAAGCAAAUCAAUUUAAUAAAUCAUAUUGCUGAAAAACUAA